AUGCUAGUUGUCCUCGUCGUCGCCAGCAUCAUUAGCAUUGUCGCCGUUACGGUCGUUCUCGUCGUCCUCUUCAGGCUGACAUUAGAGACAGCGACACCGCGUGAUGGGUCUGCGAACAUUCGGUUUGGCUCGGCUCGGCUCGGCCCAGACCAGCCCAGCUUGGCCUGGCUCAGUCGCUUUCAGCAUCGAUCGAAGCCAGUCUGCUCGGCCUGGCGAUCGAUAGACGAGUCCUCGCAAGCCUCCGUCUACGCGUCGCCUUUCUCGGGCCGCCUUAGCCUCUCCGCUGCGUCCAGCCGCGUCUCUGUCGCCUCUGUCCCCGUGGCUCGGCUUUACGCGCCUCGACGCGGCCUGGGCCAGCGGUCCGGCGCAGACGUGAUGCAGAGUGAGAAGGCGGGGCUGCGGCAACCGCUUCGCCGACCGGCCCACGCGUCUCCGUGUUGCGCACACGGCAUCGAGAAGGCAGACAGACACACAGACAGACAGACAAACAGUCUCCAUCUCCAUUGCUGGACGUAUGUCUUUCAUCUAGACCGCGUCAGCAGUCGGCAUGCUCAGGAUGACUGCAGCCGAGUGAAAAACGCCUUGGUCAAGCAGAAACCUCCUUUCCACCGCCUCCCGUCCACAUGCCCCUUCGCCCGGCCACCGUUCUCGCCACAUGAUCGCCAGGCGAGAUCUCGCCUCACCGUUUACCCUUCCAUCAGCUUCCGGCAGGCCGUCGCGCUUACGUCACCCGUCGUCACGGCCCGCGGUCCUCCUCGUUCGGCUCCACUGACGCCGACUCGAGCCCCUCCUCCCUCGCGCUCCGAGUCCCGCCUCGGCCCGGCAUGCCGGACCCUCGGCUGGUUGUGGACGUCUUCGCGCCUAGCCUCUUCCUUGUCCACAACUGUCCGUCGGCAAGUGCGCCGUCGCCGUGGCGACAGACGGACCUAUGAAGUGGCUCACAGCAAUGGUAAAGUCGCCCAGACGCCAGCACCGUCGGCGAGGCGAUAG